UGUUCCAUUGUUGCAGUCAGUGUUUCCCAGCUGGUCUGGCUCAGGAGGAGGUAUCCACCGUCGAUCGAAGGAUACCUUAGCACUUUUAUGUUUUUAUUUUUUUGAAACACUUAGAUCUUUUUGUUUAUUUUUUUUUGUAAAUAUGUCAUUUUCUUGUAACAACUCCCUGUACGGCAGCUUUCCUCCGUCUCCGGCGGAGGACAGGGAGUCAAAGCGGCUGUCCUGGGGCAGACUUCUGCAGAGGCUGACUGAGCUGAAGGGGGUCCAUCAGAGACAAGCAGCGGACCAUCACGGCAGCAGUAGUGAAACUGGAUCUGUUGCAGACAUGUCCCUGUCAGACUCGGACAGCAGUUUCUUCUGUUAUCCCCUGGAGGAGACUCUGGCUGCUGAGCUUGUAGGAACAAUAGCACAAAGUCUCACCGAUGCAUCACACAUCCUGGGCUGCUCCAAAAUCAUCCUACAUGACUGUCUGCUGCACCAUAUCAGCAAGGAGCUGCUGCACCUGGCUGCCAGCGAGCCUUGCGGCCUCAGGGGGGCGCUCAUCGACCUGUGUGUGGACAGGGGGGAUCAGGGCUCCAUUUGCACUGUGGACCAAAUAGCAGUGGAUGCCACCCUGGUCCCGACCUUCCAUGUAACCCUGGUGCUGAGGCUCGAGUCCAGCGGACUGUGGCCAAAGUUUCAGAAGCUCUUUAAGGGAAGCAAGUCACCACAGACUUCUCAAAGGCACCAACACACUCAGACACUGAGUACGAGCUUUAGGGCCAUCAAGAGGAAACUGUACUGUUCAGGGGAGCUGCUGAUCGAAGAGUGCUGCUGACCGAGCGCUCCUGUCCCCGAGUAGCUGAACUCAAUGCAUGUGCUGUGAAAGCAGGCUGGUGGUUUAAGCAUGGCCUUUGUUUUUUAAAACUGUAUCUUAGGGCUCCAAAUGGCACUACAAAGAAAGUCCUGAAGUAGCAUGGACCUGUCUCUGUUGGUGUAUCGUGGGUUUCCUGAAACCAACUUCAUGGCAGCUACUCGCCUGGUUGCAGGUGACUCAACAGUGAAGACUCAUGUGACUCAAGUCACACCCAUAAGUGAAUGGCUUACCAUAUGUAUUUGAUAGUCAAAUAUGACCUGAAACUUGUGUUUUGUAUUUUCCAACGAUUUAAAGUACACGAACAAAUAAAUUAUUUUUU